AUGAGAGUUGUCGGCUCCUCACGUGGCAGGGAUGCGACAAUCUCAUGGUGUGAUGUGUGGCAAGAGGCGACCUGUCAGAUGCUUUGCAGUACAGAGGUCCUUCGCAAUGCACAAGAUGUCAAUGCUGGGACCCAAGAGAGCCUUGGAAUCGUGCAAGCUUCGAGGAGUCCUGUGCUGGCUGAUCAAAUCAGGUCUCCUGAUGUGCCGACGGUGUACUGGAGGGACACAAGUACAGGUGCCACCGAAAAGGAAAAAGCCACAGAGAUCAUCCAGAGAGCAGAACCUGCAGCGGCAUAUUUCCCCAUGAGUUUUGCGGAUUUCCGCAAGAGUGCCGAAGGCUUCAGAAUUCAAGGAAUUUUAAUUGAGAACAUCUCCCAGCCAGAGUCGCUAUUCUUGCAGCUUGACACCAACGUUGAUGGCGAAAUCAGCGCAACCGAGUUUGGGAGGAUUGGAGAAGUCUUCACUGCGCUGAAUGAUGCAGUGACGCAGAUGCAAACUGCCCAGAUGACGGCUCGACGUCUUCAAGAAAGUGUUCCGAAGCAGGCGGUAACACCUGAGGUUUGCAAUGCUCGAAACCCACGGCAGUACUACUGCAGCUUCGACGCGGACUGCAAGUCUGAUUGCAAGGCCUGCGGUUGGAAGUCAGCCACAGACAGAGCCUUCUCCGUCUGUGUGCAGCCAUCUCCAGAGGUAUGCUUUGCAGAUGGUGGCCAGGUGUUUUGUCCUUCAGACGAGCAGUGCCAUCCGCCUGGAAAUUGUCAAAACUGCGUUGACAGGACCGUGGUGGAUCACGCGCAGCACACCUGCCUGGCUCUGUGGUGGGAUCCUCUCCCUCUCACUGAGUGGACCAAUUGGGUUUGCCGAUGGAGAAAUAAGGUUGGGAUGCCAUGCAUCUACGACCAGGACUGCAUCUAUGGCAUGAGAAGAUGCCUGAGUGGCGCUUGCAUGCCAUUUCAGCCGUACAAUGCCAACCAGACCUGUGAGAGCGAUUUCGAUUGCCCUCAUUUGGGUUUCUACUGCCCAUCGGAUCCGACUGGCGGACAGAACCCUUAUUGGGUCCAGUAUUGCAGAUCACAGCGAAGCGAGGGGAUGACCUGUGCUGAGGAUCGUGAAUGCGAGCCUGGCUUGCGGUGUAACGUGGGUGAACCGCAGCCACGCUGUCGAAAGCUCUUCUCCCUGAAAAUAGGUGCGCUAGCCGCCGAAGAUGUGUUCUGCGAGUUUGGCUGGCGGGAUAGGGAUGGCAAAUGCGCUCCACCUGCCCAAUCUAAACAGGCGGGUAGAAGCUGCGACACUGACCUAGAUUGCGAGACCACAGAUGCAACUGGCAGAACGGGAAGUUGCACUUGCAAGGCUUGGUGGGACAAAGAUGAUCCGAAGUAUUGCAAGCCAGUCUCUGGUGACUUUUCCAGACAUCAAGAAGCGCUACGAAACUACCUUUGGUUCAGGGCAUCGAGAUGUGGAACGUUCUGGACAGAAGCCGAAUGCCUCCGCAUCUUCGGAAAUGAGGCUAUGAGCCUGAAAUUGGCUGUGGAGUGCGAAGAGCAGUUCAAGCUCUCGAAGCGUGAACUUGGCCACAAUGACCUGGGUGUUGGGGGCAACAGGACAUGUCUGACGACGCCGGGUCCAGGGGCUUACAACCCAUAUCCCUUCAUGAAUCCCAUUGCGCACCGCACGACCAUUGGGCGCUACUUUCCGGACAGAACGCCUGGGUUCCGCAAUGUGGUGGACCGGAUGCCCGCACCAUGGCGCCCUGAACCCAUGUCCUUGUCCAGGCUACAAAGUGAGCAGCCGCUGGUGCACUACGCUUCAGCCACCUUCUGGGCAUGGCCAGAGCAGCGCCGAAGAACUGCUGCUGCCAUAAGGCAUGAGCGGGAAUUGAACAACCUCACAGCUAAAGGUCACCCCAAGAGAGAAGCUGAGUGGCAUGAGGAGGUCUUGACUCAUGGGACCAUACGAGAUCCAAUUUCAGGACUUGGGAGGUCUCGCAGUGAAUCAGCUUUGCGGAAGUCCUUGUACUAG